AGUCAAGUUUCGGGGAAAAAGCUUUGACAACACUCCUCCUCUCAUGCACUGGUCUACUUAAACAUCGCUGGCAAACUUAUCGCUCUAGUCUCUUCUUCUUCUUCUUCCCUUCUCUCCUCUCCAGUCCACUUCACAAGUAUCGGUCUUAACCAAUUGAGUUUGUCGAUUGAAUAGCCCUCUCUCUCUCCUCCCUUACGUCUCCGGCGGCUCAAAACCUUCCUCCGACCACCAUCGAUUCCUUGUGUUUCAUCAGGAGGAGGAGACAAUGUCGAUGAUUGCAAGCUCUUCCCACAGCGAUCCAGAUUCAAGAAGCUUGCAGGUCCUUCUCGAUGCUUUUGGUUCUCGUUUCUCUCUCGAUGACAUUGCUGCUGCCUACUGCCAAGCUAGCCAGAAUGUCCAUGAAGCUGGCGAGAUUCUCUUUGCCAUGACUACUACCAAAGAGACGCCUCCUCGAAGUGACCAAGUCAAAACGAACGGAGCAACCUCAAAGCCAACUCAUCAUGUCUAUGUUCCCAAGAAAGCUCAACCACAAGAUGAUACCAAAGCCAAAGUAUGGAGGCCGAAGAAAAAUACUGUCUCGGUUGGUACUGUUUCAAGUGUUAUUGGAAAGGAGUAUGCUAGAAGAACCGAGCCUACAUCAAACGCUCGCCAAGAAGCAACUAAACCGAUGAAGAUAGACGCAAGGGAUAUUCCUGAAACUGAGAUAUGGAGUGAAGAAGAAUUGCCAAAAAGCAAUAAGGGAAAAGUAAGCAGAGCACCAACUGAUGUUGAGGAAUUUAUUGCUAGUAUGCUCGGAGAAGGCUUCCAAGCUAGCCCAGAGGUUAUUCAACAGAUUCUUGGUUAGCAUUCUCCACUCUUCUUCUUUUUUUUUUACUUUUUAAUGCUCGACAUCAAAUGGUACUUAUGAUCUUAAGCUGCUAAAAUUUUAUCUGACUUUUCACCAAACUAUCAGGCGUUUGCGGAUAUGAUGUGGUCAAGGUAAGCCAGUUCCCUUAGCUCUGAAGCAAGUAGUGUUUUUUUGUUUCUUUAAUUUGCUUUUUCAUUAGAUACCUUCUGUCUUUAUCUUUAAUAUUUGGUCAAUUCUCUCGAAUAAACCAUUUUUUGUGUGUCUUAAUACUAUUUGCUGACUAAAGUUGGAGAUAACAUUGACUUUUCACUCUGAUAAGAAUUAUUAUUGAACUCUUCUAACUAAGAGAUUUUGGUGUUGUUUUACUUUAUGAAUUAGACUGUUUUAGAUUUUUUUUUCCUUUUUUGUAGGAUUUAAUAGAUAGUUUAAGAUUUAUUUUUACAUUAGGUUUAUGAUGUCCAUAAAAUAACCUUAACUUUUUAACUGGGGUUUAAAGGAAGCAUAGCGUUACAUCUUUCUUCUCUUUCUCCUCCGGAGACAAAAGCGCAUUCACAUUCCUACUGUCUCCAAAUUUUAUUCAACUUAAUUGUUAGUAGUAUCUCUAGAGCUCUUGAAAAUAUGGCUCCUAGUACGGAGAAACUACUAGACUUGUCUGAUACCAAGAAGCAUGCUGAUAUUGGAAUCUCUAAUGAAGUUACGUCAAAGGUUGAUCCUCAAAGACAUGAAUCCAUGCCCUGCAACCAAGUGGAAGAGCUGCAAGAUUUUUCUCAGAGUGGUGAAGCAAGAGCCCUAACAGGUUCACAGCACGGAGGCAAGAACAAUAACGGUCUUGAAAAGGAAGUCUUAGAAGCUUGGUUCUCUGGUGCUGAAAAACAUGAAGAAGUACCAAAAAUAACUAGGCGAAUUAGAGAGAGGAGAGCAAGAGUUGCUGGUCCUCCUGUUUUUGAACCUCUGGAAGACCCUUUACAAGAGAGAGUAGUUACUGUGAUACAAUCGUCUAAUACAGCUAAAGAAGAUGAAGAUGACGAAAAUGAAUACAAGGCACAUCGUAAAGCAGUGCACGAGAAUUUGCAGGAGAUGAAAGAAUACUACGGAGCUGCUGUAGAAGCAUUCUCCAAAGGAGAACCCGAGCGAGCACACAGGCUCGUGGAGAAGGGACACUUUUUCGGACAAAAAGCUAGGGAGGCAGAUGACAAAUCCAUGGCAAAGAUGCUUGAAGUCAAGGAAGACGAUGGUUCGGCUUACAAGGAAGACGAGGUCGUGACAGUAAAUGUGAAUGAACAUGAACCAAGGGAAGCUCUUCGUCUUCUCAAGCUCCAACUUAGGAACUUCUCUGGCAUUCCAUCUAUCAAGUACCUCAGAGUCAAGUUGGGUGACAACAAGGAAGAUUCCAAAUGCAAACGAAGGCUUACGGCAAUUGCCAAGUUGCUUGCGGGAGAAUCCAUUGCUUGGUCUGAAGAAGAUAAUGGCCUCGUGAUGAUGAUUCGUGUUGAUGAGGUUAUCGCUGAGAAGUUGAGUUUUGCCAAGAAAUAAGAACACACCCAUUAGUUCUAAAUCUUUUGCUUCAUUCUAUCAAAAUUUUGAGUGCUGUUUCAAACACUCCAUUCGUUAUGUAACCAAAACAAAGAAGCAUUUUGGCAGAAAUUUAAUAUUUUGGUUUCAGAAUAGAAGAAUCCUCAAAGCCA